UAUAAAACCAGAUUUAGAGAAUAACUCUAGUCGAUCAAAACGGAGCUGCGAGUUUUGCAUUUCACUGCCGAGAAAAUGCGCUUGCUAGCAACGCUGACGUUGACGUUCUUACUCGGUAGUGGUGCCAACCCUUUGAGUAAAGAAAGAAGUUCAGUGAAACCGGUUUCAAGAGCCGAUUACGAACUGCCAAAAGCAAUCAAGCCGAACGCCUACGAUAUCACAAUCAUUCCUUACUUCGACAAUGCACCGGAGGAAAUUCUCAAAUUUAGAUUUAAAGGAACCGUGAUAAUUGAAGUUGAGGUUUUUGAAGAGACCAAUUUGAUUCGGCUGCACGCUUAUGAUAUGGACAUCAAUGAAAGUGACGUCUUCGUGUAUGACGUAAUUGAACCCAACGUCGCACUGCCGAUCGUGUCCGUCGUCAGAAGCUCCGAUGACAAACAUUUUCUGGACAUAACUCUCGGCAGUCUUCAAUUGGUCGGCGUCAAAAUGAACGUCGUCAUUAAUUAUUUGGGCCGCCUUAACCUAGAACUUGAUGGUUUUUACCGCAGCUCGUAUGUAAAUUAUUUAGGAGAAACAAAAUGGUUAGGGGUGACGCAGUUUUCGCCGACUGGGGCUCGCAGGGCUUUUCCGUGCUUUGAUGAGCCAUCGCACAAGGCCAAGUUUACAUUUCACAUUGCCAGAGAGCCUUUGAAAGACGUCACGUCAAACAUGCCUGUCGUCGCUGCAAACAGACCAGUUGAAGGCCACAAUGGAUGGGUGUGGGUGGACUUUCAGCAGUCAAUUUUAAUGCCGACCUUUGUUGUUGCAUUUACUGUCCACGACUUUGGCUCAAUUACUUCUUCAAAAGAUGAUCGAUUCAGGAUCUUGGCUCGCCGAGAGUUCAUAGACACAUCAACUUCUUACGCUCUUGAAAUAGCACCAACCAUUCUCGGAUUUAUGGAAUAUUUCACAAACUUCACAUACGACUCGUCAAUGAAACUGGACCAAACGGCCAUUCCCGAUUUUGGCCCCUACGCAAUGGAAAAUUGGGGUCUUAUAAACUACAGAGAAGUGGCUCUCCUGAAUGAUGCAUUUUACUCGACGGCCGCGGACAAGCAAAAAACGGUGACGGUGAUGAGCCACGAAAUAGCGCACUUCUGGUUCGGAAACCUCGUCACCCCCGAGUGGUGGAACGAAGUGUGGCUGAAAGAAGGGUUCGCCACCUAUUUUGAGUACAUAGCCGCCGGCGUUGUCGAGCCGAGUUUCCAGUUGGAACAGGCUUUUAUCAAAGAGGAGCUCCAGCCUGUUUUUGAAACCGAUGCUGCCGAAUCUAGCAAACCACUUACGGGCAAUGUCGACAGUCCGGCUUCUAUUCUCAGUGGAUUUGGAAAUAUACCCUAUAAUAAAGGUGGAUCAAUUUUGAGAUUUGUAAAUGGCUUCCUUGGAAGUGAAAAUUUCAAAGUAGGAAUCCAAGCAUACAUUGAUGCAAACAACUAUGGCAGUGUAACAAAGGACUCGGUGUGGGCAAGUUUGUCUCCGUUCGUCCCUGAAGGUUUGCUGCCAUCAGGAGUGACACUUAGGGAUGUAAUGAAUACCUGGACUGACCAGCCGGGCUAUCCACUCAUAACUGUGACGCGAAAUUACGACAAUAACGAAAUAAACUUCCAGCAGCAAAGAUUUUUCACAGUUAAAAAAGAAAUUGAAAGUCCUGAAAAAUGGUUUAUUCCUAUAUCAAUGAUAAAAGAGUCGGAAAAUGGAAAUUGGCAAGAUUUGUCUACUAAGGGGUGGUUAACCCCAGCGGGAGAAUUUAACCUCUCUGAAAAUCUACCUGCAAACAAUGAAUGGAUAGUUUUGAAUCCGAGACAGACUGGAUAUUAUCGCGUUAACUAUGAUCAGAAAAAUUGGGACUUAAUCAUCGCAACUUUAAACCACACCGAAAAGUGGCUGAUUAUUUUAGACAUCAACAGAGCACAAAUAAUUGACGAUUCAAUGGCACUGGCUUUUGGAAAUUACUUGCCUUACGAAACUGCUUUGUCUACGACUGAAUACCUGAAUCGUGAGACUGAAUAUUUGCCGUGGAGUACUGCCCUGAAAGCAUUUAAUUCUCUUCGUGAAAGACUCGUAGAUGAAAGUCCCGACCGAUUGAUUUAUUUCAGAACGUAUGUCUUAAAUAAAAUGACGCCCUUGUAUGAUACCUUGAACGGCUUCCAAGUCAAUGAAACCGACGGUCACGUGGUCAUGCGGAAAAGAAACCUAAUUUUGUUGUGGGCGUGCAAUUUCGGCCACGACAGCUGCAAUAAAGACGCCGCCGCUUUGUUCCAAGAGUGGAAAAUAAGACCUUCGCCCGAUUUCCAAAAUCCAAUUCAUCCCGACCUGCGGAGUGUGGUUUACUGCCACGGAAUGGCGAACGAGGCGGAUUACGACUUUUUGAUAACGCGGUACACAAAGGCUCAGAGCGCGCCGUCAGAAUCGAACACUAUUUUAUCCGCACUUGGAUGCGCUCCAACUCCCGAACUUCUGGAAAAGCUUUUGAAUGAGACGGUGAAAGUUGAGGGGUCGAUGAUACGAUCGCAGGACACGAGAAAUGUGUUUUCCGCGGUUAUCAGUAAUCCAGAGGGCGUGGACGUUGCUUUGAAUUUUCUGGUCACUCAAUACGACGUAAUUAAAGUGACGUAUCAAGCAUUUGGGUCAGCGGCCGGACUGUUCUCCCUGAUUUCAGUCAAAUUAAACACAGUAGAGCAAAGGGCAAAGUUGGAGCAAUUUUUGGUAGACUACCCGGAUGAACCGGAAAUUGUGAAAACUGUUGUGGAAUCUGGAAUUGCUAUAAUAGACGCGAAUAUUCAGUGGUUGACGGAAAAUAAGGAAACCGUGCUGAAGUUCUUUGAAGACCGAGUUAAGGGCGGUGCAGUAAUCUUUUUCCUUUCACCGAUUGUCCUGAUUUUUGCUGGAAUUUUCACUAGAUUGAUGUAGAAAUAAAAAGUUCCCUAAAUAACAAAAGAUUUUUAUUCUU